AUGAUUUGUGGCUUUUCCUUCUCUGCUUCCCUCCCUUCUCGUUGGAGGUUUCCCCUCCUCCCAGCGUUUUGCCCUUUCCGCUUUCUUUCUUUCCUUACGUCGAUGACACACUAUCACCGCAUGGGCGUGCAAUACCAAGAAAAAGUCAGGAUUCACGAAGUCGUCCACUCAGCUUACUUUGAGGAUACCGAGGAUGGUACGUGCACAUCAACAAUGCCGUCCUCUGCCCUUCGUCAAAUACCACAAAUCAAGACCUUCGACGACAUAUUCAUCUCAUCAGGCAGCACCACCGCGGCAAUUUUGUCAUCAAUUGCGCCAGUCACCCGGCGAAUUUUGUCACCUCUCUCCAAGACCAUCUACCAGGAAAUCCACAACAAGAUCAAUACCAAGAUGAACAUCGGCCAGAUCCUGAAGAAGAUCCCGGCCCCCGGCACACAUCAAAGUUCAGUACUGCGCUCGCCCCUUUUCCGACGAUGCACAAAAAGCAGGAGUCGCGUUCUGCGUGCUCCACAUCGCCCACAUCGCCUGCACGCACAAAGCCAGAGCAAGUUACGCAAUGAUAACUUCUUCGCGGUAUGA